ACACUUCCGGCCUCACAUAAUAAAUUAUUUACGAACUUAGGAAAUAUAUAGAACUUAUUAUUCUUAUAAUAUAAUUAGUAAUUUCAUAAUCAAGUAAAUAGUUCAUUCAUAUUUUCUUUAUACUUAUAAUAUUUUAUUGGCGCCUUCCGCUUGACAGCUUCCGGCGCAAUAAGCCUUAAUGUUAUUUGUUACAUAAUUCGAUAUUAUUAAAUAAUAAUUGUACGUAAAUAAUCAGCAGAAUAAUUAAGAUGAACAAUGUUUAAUAUUACCUACUCAGUUUGAAGAUGAUUGUAUAAAUACCGACGGUUAGCAUAUCUCUAUUGCAUUCGUAUUCUACCCACCAUAACGUGUACUAAAGAGAAUAUAUUAUUUCGUGUGGAUGUAAAUUGUCUCAAUUGUCGCCGCCACCCUGAGGAUCCGUUUAUACUUCAGAAGCGGGAUUAUGCCAGGCCCAUGCAUUGACGGAUUUGAGACCGCUGAGAAACACAGGCGAUACAAAAUGCGACGUGUCACCCAAACCGAUGCGGAGGUUAUUCCAACGUUCCGGCCGGAUGAAAAAUCUAACAACGUCAAGGGAUGGCUGCACAAGAUCGACCAGUUGGAUCACGUAUAUGGAUGGGACAACAAAGACUGCCAGUUCAUCAUGCAGAUAUGUCUUCGUGGGUCGGCUAGGGAUUGUGCGGUACACCACCGCAACUAUACUACACAUCCGCGAAUGGCUACCACAUGGAGAAGAGAAGGUGCUGUUGCUCCAGUUGCAAGAGGGACCGACUUUCAACCAAAGAAAUGUUACGCCUGCCGAAGAGAAGGUCAUGAAACAAAGAACUGCAAAGAGCCGCGCUGCGAGAUGUGCCAUCGCCCGGGACACACGUCGGUCAGCUGAUGGUAUGCGGCCAGCUCUUCACACCCAAAAGAUAGAGGCUGCAUCAGUUAACAAUAAAAGCUGUGUUAUAUACAACAAAUAAAAGCUGUGUUAUAUACAACAAAUAAAAGCUGUGUGAUGUACAACAAAUAAAAGCUGUGUGAUGUACAACAAAUAAAAGCUGUGUGAUGUACAACAAAUAAAAGCUGUGUGAUGUACAACAAAUAAAAGCUGUGUGAUGUACAACAAAUAAAAGCUGUGUGAUGUACAACAAAUAAAAGCUGUGUGAUGUACAACAAAUAAAAGCUGUGUGAUGUACAACAAAUAAAAGCUGUGUGAUGUACAACAAAUAAAAGCUGUGUGAUGUACAACAAAUAAAAGCUGUGUGAUGUACAACAAAUAAAAGCUGUGUGAUGUACAACAAAUAAAAGCUGUGUGAUGUACAACAAAUAAAAGCUGUGUGAUGUACAACAAAUAAAAGCUGUGUGAUGUAUAACAAAUAAAAGCUGUGUGAUGUACAACAAAUAAAAGCUGUGUGAUGUACAACAAAUAAAAGCUGUGUGAUGUACAACAAAUAAAAGCUGUGUGAUGUACAACAAAUAAAAGCUGUGUGAUGUACAACAAAUAAAAGCUGUGUGAUGUACAACAAAUAAAAGCUGUGUGAUGUACAACAAAUAAAAGCUGUGUGAUGUACAACAAAUAAAA